GCACAGACACCUCGCGGAGUCCAAGUGGAGCGUCGCUACGGGCUGAAAGACAGUGAGGCCGAGUUGCUACGACUUCUGGUCAUCCGCGAGUGUGCGCGAAGCCGCGUCGUUUGUCGCUUCCUUGGCGACCAUUGCGGCAACUUGUCAGAUGGGAACUCGCCCUUGUGUAGCCUUUGCCGAAAUUCGCGGCUGGAUGUGCAGGACUUUCUACAGGAGAAGCGGCAGCACAUUAACGAGGGCAUUGUCCGUAUCCAGGAUGGUGGCUAUGGCGAGUCGAAGGAGCCCACGGUCUCGCCUGAGGCGGUGCAUGCGCUGAUGGGCAAGGAGCUCAGCACCGAGCAACGCCUCAAGCUAAGCUCUACGGUCAUCGAUGCUGUGCUGAGAGGCGAUUCUCCACCCGAGGAGCCACGCCGGAGUCCGGAUGCUCCUCCAGCUCCGAUCCCGGAGCCUGCAGAUCUGAUUCCGGAGAUGCCAAACGGGGCCGGCCAGGAUGGCCAGGAGGUCAUUGCAACUGCAUCGGAGACGGCCGGUGAGGACGACGCAGAAUUGUUGCAGCAGCCCUACCGCGAGUCGCUGGACUACCUCAAUGACCAAUUCAGCCUCCUCGAGUGCGAAAUCCGCAUCGCCGAACACAGGCGACAAUCUACCAAAGAAGACGUGGGAAUCGAGGAGCCGUUUCUCCUGAGAUCCCGCAAAGUCAAUGUCUUUGAGCACGAGGCGAAAAGAAAGCUGGCCCUGGCCCGCAUCAGCCACCGCCUGAAGCUCACCAAAGAAGCAGGACUUGAAGUCCCGCGAUUGGAGGCGCUACAUCAAAAGACCAAGUUGGAUGACUUCGAAAAGAAUGUAGUGGUAAUGCUGGUGGGAAACACCUUGUCGCCCAAGAUCCAAGCCACACUAAAUGUGGGGGAAAGGCGCUUUCUGGCAAACGCGCCUCUGCAGGUGAGGGUCAUCCUGGAAACUUUCUGCCGCGACUUCAAAGAGGAGGUCCAGAAGCGCGUCUAUUUUUACAAGAGCAGCCGGCUGGCCAGCAGUGGCAUCAUCCGCAUUGGUGCUGGGGCCAGGAGUGGAGAUCUCACAUGCCACACUGUCCACAUAGACCGCCGCAUUCUGGACUUUGUUGUCGGGCUAGAUACCGAGAUCAACGAAGUUGUGGAGGGAAGCAACUUGUACAAACCCAGCGCAACGCUUCAGCAGCUGGUGCUGCCCGAAGACAUGAAGAGCAACAUCUUGGCUUUGGUGGAUAAUUUCGAGCAGUUCUGCAAGUACAGGAAGUCCACGGGUCUCGAUGACGUCAUUGCGCAUGGGUCCGGGCUGGUGUUAAUGUUCUGUGGUCCGAGUGGCACCGGAAAGACACUCAUGGUGAACGCCCUCGCUGCCCACUUGGCGAAGCGAGUCUUGCUCGUGAAUUUCAAGACGCUGUACAACCACCACAGUGAGCCUGGUCUGGGCGCGGAUGAGGAUGGUUCCAGCGUCUUGAAGCUCUUCCGCGAAGCGGAAAUGAGCGAUGCAGUCUUGUUCUUUGAUGAGUGCGAGUCGCUCUUUUCGCAGCGCUCCACAGGCGGCAACUCCGAGAUGACGGCUUUGCUGACCGCUAUGGAGAGAUACGAGGGAAUGAUUUUCCUGGCCACGAACCGCCCUUUCGACCUGGAUGAGGCCAUGUAUCGUCGGAUUACCUCGGUCUUCACCUUCAGCAAGCCCGACCACAUCCAGAGACUCGAGAUCUGGAACCUCUAUACUAAAUCAGGUGUCCCUCUGGCUCCGGGAAUCGACUGGGAGAAGAUCGCCAUGAAGUUCGCUCUCACGGGGGGCUACAUCAAAAACGCUAUCGUGAGCGCUCUGCUCUUGGCCAUCUCACGCGACAAUGUGCAGCCACAGGUCACGGAAGAAGACAUUACGGGUGGGUGCAUCAUGCAGGCGGGCACAUCCCCCGGUUGGCGGUUCGGUCGAGAUCUUGCUUGGUAUUGUAGUUUUCGCUGA